ACAGAACCCUGAAGCUCAGAAACGUCAAGUAUCUUAGGCCUGGCCACACUGCUGGUUGGCUUUGGGGGGGGUCUUCCCUGCUGAAGUGACAAGGAGGCUCUCCGGGUGAUGCUCCAAGGAGGCUCCAGGGACCAGUCUCUCUGAGGACCUCUGUGUGAGCUGAUGGAGGACCCAGCUUCCCACACCCUCUCUGUCCCCAGCUGAGAUUAUGGUGGAUUUGGGCUCUGGCCCAGGCCAGGGCCUCCAGCUGCUGACCCAGCCCCAGCCCCAGCCUCAGCCCCAGCCCCGGAGGCAUUAGCCAGAGCCCUGCCGAGACCACCCCUCCUGCCAGGGGCCUGGGGCUGGCAAGUGACUAUGCGGCUUGGACUGUGUGUGGUGGCCCUGGUUCUGAGCUGGGUGCACCUCGCUGUUGGCAACCGGGGAAUCAAGGGCAAGAGGCACAGACGGAUCAGUGCAGAGGGAAGCCAGGCCUGUACCAAAGGCUGUGAGCUCUGCUCCGAGGUCAACGGCUGCCUCAAGUGCUCGCCCAAGCUCUUCAUCCUGCUGGAGAGGAACGACAUCCGCCAGGUGGGCGUCUGCUUGCCGUCCUGUCCCCCUGGAUACUUCGAUGCCCGCAACCCCGACAUGAACAAGUGCAUCAAAUGCAAGAUCGAGCACUGCGAGGCCUGCUUCAGCCACAACUUCUGCACCAAGUGCCAGGAAGGCCUGUACUUGCACAAAGGCCGCUGCUAUCCUUCCUGUCCUGAGGGCUCCACCCCGGCCAAUGGCACCCUGGAGUGCAGCAGUCCUGCACAAUGUGAAAUGAGCGAGUGGUCCCCGUGGGGGCCCUGCUCCAAGAAGAAGAAGCUCUGUGGUUUCCGGAAGGGCUCUGAGGAGCGGACGCGCAGGGUACUCCACGCUCCUGGGGGGGACCACGCCACCUGCUCUGACACCAAGGAGACGCGCAGGUGCACAGUGCGGAGGACCCCAUGUCCUGAGGGGCAAGAGAGGAGGAAGGGAGGCCAGGGCCGGAGGGAGAAUGCCAACAGAAACCUGGCCAGGAAGGAGAACAAGAAGGCAGGCCUGGGUUCUCGGAGACGCAAGGGGAAGCCACAGCCACAACCAGGGACGGCAGGACCACCCACAUCUGCAGGGCCCACCUAGGCACCGUGUCCAACCUGGCCAUGCAGAAGAGCCCAGCUCUGCUCUGCAUCAUGAACGCUUUCCAGAACUGGAGUGUCAGAGCAGCUCAUACAUAUACACUCUAUCCACGCAUACAUACACACACACAAUGAUACCAAAUGUGUGUGUGUGCAUGCAUUGUGAGUGCACUCGCACACGCGCACACACAUGCACACAUAUUACCACCAGGAGACACAUCCAUGCAUACAUACAUACUCACUUGAUUUAUUAUGGUUCCAGUGGACAUAACAGAAUAUUUCCCAGCACUCAAAUCUCAAUGUUACAGAGUGGAACUUUCUGGAAGAACUGCUGAGAUUGCAUCUACUGAGUGUGGCAGACAAGAGCCAAAGCUCCAGGACUUCAGAAGAGUGGCCUUUCUCCUACCCCAGUGCAGCAUGCCCAGCGUUGUGACUUGAUCAUUGGAGAGAAUUGUUACACAUCCAUGACACAUCAUCAGGCCUGACCUGACUCAGAA